AUGUCUGUGCACCAAAAGAAACAUGAGAAGAAGCCUGCUCGGUUGAAAAAACAGCAAGAUUUAAUAAGAAGGUGUGAUGGAUUCCCGGUCCACUCCAGUCGGCUCUACGGCACAGACUCGUCCUUAAGCAGCGAUCGCUUCUCCAGGACCUCCAGCUACAAGACAGACUCCGAACCACAGUGUUCCCGUCUCAGAGAUUAUGGAGGUUCUGACAGCCGCAGUGCGAGCUGGAGGCUGCCCUCUUCGCUGACGACCUCCACAAGAGCUUAUGAUCGUCCCUGGGCCGACUCCUCCCUCACGAGCAGAAACAAAGUGAGUGAACCAGAGGCUAGAUUCAGCACGCGGCAGUCUCUGCUCAGCUCUAAUGUGGACGAUGGAGACUCGAAAAGGGCCAAACUCGCGUCUGCCUACAGCGGCAGAGGGCUGUACUCACAAACUGCCAGCACUUCAUUCAUGGGCUCAGGCCUCUCCAGCAGCACCAGAGUUUCAUCUGACAAAGAAAAUGACUCUUAUGAUUGGAGGUCGUCUCGUUUUCUCUCUCGUCAAUCAUCCACCUCGUCCUCCUCGUCUUCUUCUUCAUCCUCCAAACUUUACUCCAGGAGGGAGCUGGAAACUAAGACUGAACCCACGUACUCUAGUUUAGGAGACCGGAGGGCCACAGGGCUGUCCUCCUCAUUGUAUCAAACAGACAGAAUGACGUCCACAUAUGCACAAGGGGCACGACCAAAAGCCUCAUCUUACACUUCUACCACUUACACGCCCAGGGAAACUCGCCAUGUCCCGGCCUCCUCUUCUUCUUAUCGCUCCUCUGCGGAACAGGACCUGAGCAGCCGAUUCUCCAGUCGUUUCUCAGGGCUCCAAUCCUCCCACAAACCCAUGUCACGCCCUGAGCCCACCAAGCAUAUCUCUGAUGUCACGACCACCACGUCUCCGAGGUGGUACAGCUCCUCUCGGUCCGAAAACGCACUGCCCCCAAGACCUAUCCCGGAGGCCCCUGAAAUCGAGGGCCGCAGCUCGACGCGGAGACUGUUUUCCCGGCUUUUUUCCCGGCGUUCCAGCCAGGACUCGAGCGGGUCUUCUAGCGUUCGAUCGGUGGAAGAAGACAGUCCUUCCACGGAGUCUGUGGACAGCGAUGAAACUCCGGUGAACGUCGAUCCGCUGCUGACAGAGUCCGUAACACGCAGGCAACACCGGGUCAUGUACAACCCACUAUGUGAAGGCAACAGCCACCGAUUGGCUUCAAGGAGAGAGCCGGCCGUCAGCGAUAACCACAGUAGCAAUGCAAACCAAGCAGAUGCGGGAGGACCAUCCUGGCUUUCUUCAUCCAUUAGAAGUCGCUGUCCUCCUCUGCUCGCACGCCUCCGGCGAUACACCAGAGAUGAGAAUAACUGCCCCGCGACAACCCCAGAGUAUACAUACAGCCGCCCCCCAUAUUUGAGAAGGGCAGAUGACCAGGAAGAUGAUGAUGAUGAUGAGGACGAGGAGGAGGAGGCUCAUGAUGAGGAAAAAGAGGAGAAAGCAGGAGCAGUGGGCGUGGACGGGUUGGAAGCAGAUUGUUCCAAUGAUGCCGAAGAAGAGGAGGAAGAAGAGGAUGAUGAGGAUGUGGUGCUACCAGAUUUAGAAGAGGUUUCCCAUGUGACCCAUAGACUGGGACUAUACCAGAACUUUUCAAUGGCACCGCUGGGAGCAGAGGAGCAGCUGGAGGACCAACGGGAGAAGCCCAUAUCCCCCAAAGAUCAAGAGAAGCUGCGCAAGAUCAAGGAGAGACUGCUGAUGGAAGAGUCUGAUGAGGAGGAAGGAGACUUGUGCAGGAUCUGUCAGAUGGGUGAAGAGUCCGUCUCGAACCCUCUGAUCCAGCCGUGUCGCUGCACCGGCAGUCUGCAGUACGUGCACCAGGACUGCAUCAAGAGGUGGCUCCGCUCCAAAAUCACUUCAGGUACCAACUUGGAGGGCAUCACCACAUGUGAGCUGUGCAAAGACAAACUACGCCUGAAUCUGGAUAAUUUUGAUAUUCAGGAGCUGUAUAGAUCACAUGUGCAAUCAGAGUAUGACGACUUCAUCAGCAGUGGCUUGUACCUCGUGGUGCUGUUGCAUUUCUGCGAGCAGAGGUUCUCAGACGUCCUGGGAGCUGUGGAUGCAGCUGGGUUAUUCAACCUGGUGAGAAUCCUUCACGAACACAUGGACAGUCUUGAAAACAGAGAAGGCGAGAGGCGCGACACUCGUCCAUCUAUCGAGUUUUCUGACCUGGAUGAUGAUUUGGAGGAGUAUUAG